UUUUCGGGAAGAAGUCUAAGCUGAAACUAUUCUGCAAUAGUUUGAAAGACUUCUCCAAAGAAAUGAGGAAGUGAUACGUUAUAGAAACUAAAUUUCUACAGUCGCUAAACGAAAAUAUAUAAUGACGCUAUCUUUUUUGUUUUAGAUGGGUACUUUUGUUUAACUGCGUUCAGACGUGUUGGAGGUCGUAGGUUAGGUUUGUGCGAGUUGAAUAUGCCUGUUACCAAGAAUGCGAAAAUUAGUCAGCACGUUAAUUAUCGUGUGAGAUGUACGAUGCAGGAUGGCCGACAACUUGUUGGAACUUUCAAGGCAUUCGAUCGUCACAUGAACAUAAUACUUUGUGACUGUGAUGAGUUUCGCCAAAUUAAAAAGAAGGAUGCUAAACAGGACAAGGAUCGUCAAGAGAAACGCGCGCUGGGCCUUGUUCUGCUGAGGGGAGAACACGUCGUAACCAUGAAUGUCGAUGGUCCUCCACCUCCUGAGGAUUCUGCACGUGUCCCACUCCCUACAGCUGGUGGUUGGGCAACUGGGGUGAAACCAUUGACCGGUAUUGCAGUUGGCCGUGGUAUGCCUCUUGCCACACCUGCCGCAGCUAUUGCUCCUAUCCCGCCUGCUGGUUUAGGUGGGCCAGUGUGGGGAGUUGGAGCACCAGCACCAGGCCUGAUGCAGCCUCGCACCCUGCCAGGAAUGCCACCGCCCCCACCCCCUCCAGCAGGUGCACCUCCAGCUGCUGCUUUUGGUCGUGGAAUGCCACCAGUGACUGUCGGCCGAGGAUAUCCACCUCCACCACCACCUCCUCCUGGAUACCGAUGAUUCAAUCGAAUUACGGACAUUUGUUAUAGAUAAUUAUUCUAUUAUCACCACUGAGCAGUUUUGUCAAGGCAUUUAUUUGUUUCAGUAUACUUUUACACAGAUUUUGGCGCCUCUGUUCUCAUUUAAGCAGUGCAUAUUUUGAGUAAUUUCACAUUUCGUACCAAGGCCUUCCAUUUGUGAAACUGUAUUCGUGGGUACCAAGAUGCCAGUAGCAAGGAGUUAGGGUCAUGCGUCACAGUAUGUCAAAAAUCGAUUAGGAGGGAGGGUAGGUUUUGGGGCAAUAAGGACCAAAGAAUGCUGAGUUCUGCAUUUAACGAUAUGUUUUAAAAUUAUGUAAUUGGUGUCCACAACGAAGGUAGUGAGAUAAUACCCUUU